AUGUGCGACCGUGAGACCUGCAGUGAGGGCAGGCCUCAGAAUCAGCUUCAGAAUACACAGUGCUCUCAAAGGGGCACCGUGGAUAUCCUUAAGGCAAGGUGUGAUGGCAGGAAGGUGUGCGAGAUAAACACAAAUGUCGUUCGUACCUCGGAUCCCUGCUUUGGCAUCUUCAAAUACCUGGAGACCAACUAUACCUGCUUCCCAGCAAUUCAAACAGUGACCUGUGAGGGUUCUUUGGCACGUUUGUACUGUGAUGUUGGGCAGGUAAUAUUGGUCUACGGAGCUUACUACGGACGCCUUGACAAGACCACCUGCUCUUUCAGGCGGCCUGACUCUCAGAUUCAAAAUGUGUACUGCUCAAACCCUACUCCCAAAGUCGCUCAGAGGUGUAACGGGAAAAACAGCUGUACUAUCAGCGCCAGCAACUCAGUGUUUGGAGACCCCUGCUAUGGCACGUACAAGUACCUGGAGGUGUCUUACGUUUGUGAUUAUCCUGUCACCAUCACUCCAUAAACAUCUCUGAUAUUAGUUUCAUGUCACAAGCAUUUACUUUACUUUCACAAAUAUAAGAUUAAAAUUUGUCUCAUUCAAAUUUUGAAUAAGACACUUUGUUAUUCUUGUGGUUUCUCACUGGGAAAUAUAUAAUAUUUGUCAACUCUGUACAAUCUGCAUAACACAAUAAACAUAGCAAAUUUGCAUACUAUAAAA